UGGAUCAUAGCGAUUGCUGCGCGCUACAAGGAGUGUCCACCAAGUGUUUACCAUUGUGCUCAGGUCUGUGAACAGCUUUCUGCUUCUAGUACUCUUGGAAAACCAUGUGGAGACUCUUUCUCCACGGAUGUGGAUUGCACACCAUUUGCAGUGAAAAUCAUGGAAUGCUUCGUACAAGGUCAUGAAGGAAGUCCAGAGCCAGUCAGAAACGUUGACUAUGAUGUUCCAGAAAAAGGAAAGCUUAAGAUCACUUGGGACGACAGUGAUUCCGCCGAGACUUAUAAAUAUUAUGCUGUAUAUUAUAAAAAGAAGGACGAGGAUGGAGAGUACAAGAUUGAGAAGGUAGUAGCACGCUCGGUUGAACUCCAAGUUGAACCGGAUACUGCAUACGACAUCGGCAUAAUUUCUGCUAACGCUUUUGGCCACAGCCCCCUGGUUUUCCUAGAUGUUCCCUCUACAGGUGUUGGCAAAUCUCAUUCGUCCAGUGGCGGCUCAUCAGCCUUCUUUAUCUUCCUGCUUUUAGUAUGCUGUGGCUUGGUUAUCAUAGGAAUAAUUUAUCUUGGACGACGACGCGAUCUUCCAGCUCCAUUUGGAAAACUUGUGCGAAGGCAGCAACCUGCACGAGGAGGUCCAUCGGUGGCCUUUGAGAAUCCGGCCUAUGUGUCCGGCCAUGAAGUCGAGAUCCGAGGACUUGGAGGUGGUGGUCCUGCUAAUGGUGACACUGAGUGGCAAAGUCAAGAUCUACAAGCU